CUCAUUUACUUCCGGGUUGUUUCGCAGUAGUUGCACGGUCAGUUUCCAGUUUCUGAGUUUGGACACAAGACAGACAACUCUAAUGACAGUCUUGGACAGUAGCUGGACAGGAUCAAACUAGUCCUGUAAAAUUGAAAGGUCCAGAACUCUGUUUAGUGAAGAUCACACCAUGAAGUGUUCUUGGAGCAUUGCGUUUUUCUUCACAACCUUGGUGGCAAUAUCUUCUUCACAAGUUGGGCAGGAAAAGUGUCAAGCUGUGCCCAAGGGACACUUGGAAAUCUUCGGGUCUCAUGCAGACGCCACAGAAACCAUCGACGAGAUGUUCACAGUCCCACAACCCCAGGAGUUCUUUGACAAGUUUGUCAAACCCAACAAACCCGUCCUGCUGAGGGGCGCAGCCAGGCCCUCGCGUGCGUACUCACUCUGGACGCCCGAGUUCCUCAUCCGGGAGUACGGAAACCUCACCGUCCGACUGGAGGCACGACACGAGGCCAACCACAAGAUUCCCGCGGGGGAGACGGGCCUGGGGCGGGACACGGUCGCUCACUUCAUGCGGAACUUCGACACGAUGGACGCGUACGCCAUCUCACAGAUCCCACGUCCAAUGGAGAAGGACGUCGCUGUCCCACCAUGCCUCAGGUGUGGCAGUAUCGCACAGGGCAUUCAGGAGACUCAUCUGUUCCUGACAGCAGCAGGAGGAAAGACCAUGGUGCACAGGGACCCGUACAGCACCUUCCACUGUCUGUUCAAUGGCACCAAGGACUGGAUUCUGGUUGACCCCAGCCAGAGUGACCUGCUGUACUUUGCGGAGGACUCUCGGUACGAGUGGGGAGGGUACUCAGAGAUCAACGUGGACAGCGUGGACCUGUUACAGUUUCCGAAGAUCCGGGACGUCCGCUUUGCUCGUAUCACCAUGGACAAGGGAGACUGUAUCUUUGUACCUGGAGGCUAUCCCCACCAGGUGAGAGUGAACGGCUACCUAAACACCGCCGUCUCCAUCUGGAUAUCCCGUUUGAAGGAGUUCGACAACGCCGGUUGCGACCAAGAGUUUGACUUCACGCCGAUGGACCAGGUGGACGUUCUGUGGCGAUACAGCGGACAUGGUGAUCUCCCGCAAGGUCACAUGGACAUUCACAUCCUAAGGAGGCUCCUGUUACUCCUGGCUGACUCUGAGGGGAAGAUUUCUGUUCAACAUUUCCUGGACAACUUCAUCAAGGGAAGACAUGAAAUGGGAGAUGAGUUUGAAGAAGACCACAGGAUGUCACAGGAAGAGAUAAAGACCAUGGAUAAACUCUACAGUAACAUGAAGAUUGAGUUUGCCAAGAAGGUGGACCCAGAAGGACGAGGUUACAUCACCACAGACGAGGUAAAAGCCCUGACAAGAGAAGAGAUGAAGGACAUCAUGUUGAUUAUCGACCCCACAGACGUGUCCGACACUUCAUCCUUCGAGUACAGCCACAUCCAGGUAGAGGCUAUCAGGACACUUCUACAGAAUCUGAUGAGUAAGAAUGGUGGGCAGCUGUCUUCAGACGUGUUUGUGCAGGAGUAUGUGGAACGUCUGGGUGGAACUGCACAGGUGGCAGAGGAGAUUGUGGCCAAGCUGGUCCCUAACAAGGACGCGACCUUGACAGCUGCCAUGGUACAGGAGAACAUGGCCGCCGCCUUACAGCCGUUUGACUCAGCCAGAGCUCACGACCCCACCCUGGAGCGACUCAUGUACAAGCAUCUGGAGAUGCAUGAUGAACUUUAACCUUACGUUAUGUCAUAAAAAGUUGCCAUCAUGUAUGUCAUCAGAAGUUGCCUUCAUGUGAUGUCAUCAGAAAUUGCCCUCAUGUGAUGUCAUCAGAAGUUGCCCUCAUGUGAUGUCAUCAGAAGUUGCUCUCAUGUGAUGUCAUCAGUUGUUCUCAUGUGAUGUCAUCAAAAGUUCUCAUGAUGUCAUCAGAGGUUACCCUCAUAUGAUGUCAUCAAAAGUUGUCUUGAAGUUCAUGGAUGUCAUCAAAACUUGUCCUUUUGUGAUGUCAUCAAAAGUUGUCCUCAUAUGAUGUCAUCAAAAGUUAUCAUCAUGAAAACGUCAUCAGAAGUUGCAAUCAGAAACAUUGCCAUGAUCAAUGAAAAAGCAAUAUUUGAGAAUUCCAAACAGAAAGCUGCUAAUUUAAACUAUUGUUGAUUAUAAUGGACUAUAUAAGUUUAGAUCCCUUAGUUGUGUGUUAUGGUGAUGUAGCAAAGUGGAUAAUAAUGGAAAAAAUGGAGACAUACCAUAUUUUUCAACUUAAGAUUAUAUUAUAUAAUUUAUAUUCAUAUUAUAAAUCUUUGACCGUGUUGAAAGUAUGCUAGUGAUGUUUGUACCUGCUGCUUUGUAUACCUCUUCCUUUUUCUGUGUAAGUUGUCAGAUUUUUUUUUUAGGAUUUAUAUUUCAUUUCUCAUCUAAGCUGUUGCUGGAUAUAACAAACACUUUGUGUAUUUUUUCUAUGCAGUAGUAUU